ACUAAUAAAAGUUCAAACAUUUCUGAGCCAAAACUAAUGGAAAAAAAUAAUUCUUCUGAUACGAUUUUAAAUGUAGAUGCUAUAAAAAUCACAUAUCUGGAGAAAAUUUUAGAAGAAAAAGAGAGAACUAUAGCCAACCAAGUAAUAGCUAUACAAUCACUUACUCAACAAGUUGACCUAUUAAAGCAUAUGAUCCCUCUGUUUUCUGUACCUACACCACAUGAAGAUACACUCCAUGAUCACUCAGGAACUGAUGAGCAUAGAAAACCCAUCUGUCAACACCCUGUUCAAACGGACAAAAAAAAUAAUACCAUUCCUAAAACAUCUGUGGCACAAGCCUUGCAUAACGCUGAAACACUUCGAGUUUGCAACUCCAUUAUAAAUUUAAAUGAUGAUUCCAGUCAAGAUCAAAAUCCCUCAAAUACUCCAAAAUGGCCUACUUACUUUGCUCACCAAAUGUCCCAUCAGAGAUCUGUGCAUAGAAAUUCACAAAAUUACACAACUCGAGACAAUAAUAAUAAAAGAAGCACAAAAAGCUUAUUGGUGGGAACUUUACAACAUUCUGGAGAAUGCUCACUUAGAGCAUCACAAAAGGCUUUCGAGCCUCCGUUAGUCCAUAAGUCAAAAGUAAAUUCCUAUCAUGCCACUAAUUUUGAAGUAAAUACAUCGGACCUGGAAUUGUCUUCGCACCUGGCACAGUUCGCUCCAAACGUUAAAGUUGAAAAACUUAACGCUCGACGCCCCGAUGAUUAUGCAUCCUUCAAGAUCUCUCUACCAUCAGAUGAGUCUCAGGCCCUAAUGGACAGCAAAAUAUGGCCCUAUGGAGUAGUGUUAAAUCAUUUUUUUCCAUCAAAAAAACUUAUCGGGUUCAAAGACUAGUGCCUCUUUAGAAGAUCCAUUACGUAAAGAUUUGUUACAUGAAAAUUCUAAUUCGGGUAACUCUGAAUACUCUAUACUCCACAUUAAUGUCCAAAGUAUUAGCAACAAAGUGGACGAACUACUUAUUUAUUUGUGUAAAAAUCCAUUUGAUAUAUUUUGUAUUUCUGAACAUUGGCU